ACUAAACUGGAACAGAACCUGGACUGAACCUGGACCAAACCUGCACAGAACCUGAACUGAACCUGGACCAAACCUGCACAGAACCUGAACUGAACCUGGACUAGAUCUGGAUUUACAUUACAAAAGGUAUCUGGACGUUUAAUAGUGAUCAUUUCUAGGAGUACACUUGCUCGGAGAGGAUGAUUUGGAAAGCAGCCAUCUGUUGCACCCAACUCUGGCUCGUCUUGACCACCGUGACCGGCCAUCUCACUGAGGAGCAGAAGGAGCAGAUUGUGGAUUUGCACAACAUGUACCGCUCCAAGGUGGAACCCAGUGCCGCCAAUAUGAUAAGAAUGCUCCGUCCGAAGACUCGGGAACGGCCAGAUGGCGACCCUGAAGAGGACGGACCUGAGACCCAGAAAAAAAGCAAACGUGGAAAGAAAUGGUUGGGUAAAAACUGGAGGAGGAUUUUUAAGAAAAAGAAGAAGGUGGAGGGUGAUGGAGAGGCAGGACAGAGCAGUGUAACACCGAGGCCAUCGAACAUGGACCAUGGAGAUGGUGCUGAAGUGCUUCUGGUGGAGAAAACUGAACCUGAUCCUGCAGAUGGAGAGGAUUUGAUGAGCUGCAGGCUGGAUGGAGCUGAGAAGAUCAUCAGCCAGCAGCAGACUCCAGAUCAAAUCCUGGAUGAAACUGAUGCAGCAGAUGAAGAAAGAGCUACUGAAGAUCUCAGCAACAUCAUGCUGGAUGAGGAUAGAGCUGCUGAAGAUGUCGGGAACUUCCCACUGGAUGAGAAUGAGGCUGGUGCCGAGCGUCUUUUAGGAAAUGAGACCUUGGAAGUGAUGGACCUAAACACAGGGACUGAGGAUGAGGAUAUUAGAGAGCUUAUGAACUUCCUCCAAGAUAAAACUGAGGAACAGAUUGAGCUCCUAAAGAUGAAGGAUACAGAAGCUGAGGUUGAGGCCAUCACAGAGCUUAAGGAAAACCUGACGGAUGAUGUGGAGACACCGAGCAACAAGCUUCUGGUAGGAGAUCCGAUCACAGAGGAGAUGGAUGCAGAAGGUGGAUUUGCACUUGUUAAAGAUUUGGUGAACGUUCUCCUGGAAAAGACAGAGGAAAAGAUUGAGCUUCUGAAUGUACAAGAUGCAGAAGCUGAGACUGAAAACCUCAUGGAGAACAUGCUGGAUGAUCUGGAUGGAUCUGGAGAGCAGCUUCUGGCAGAAGAAAAGGUUCCAGAAGUUAUGGAUGAAGACGUUGAGAUGGAAACAGCUGAAGACGUGAAGAAGUUCCUCCGUAAUGAGAAUGAAGCCAACAUGCAAGUAAUAGAUGAAGCAGUUGAAGCUGAAACGGCUGAGAACGUGAAGAAGUUUCUCCUUAAUAAAACUGAAAACGUCAUGGAGAACAUGCUGGAUGAUCUGGAUGGAUCUGGAGAGCAGCUUCUGGCAGAAGAAAAGGUUCCAGAAGUUAUGGAUGAAGACGUUGAGAUGGAAACAGCUGAAGACGUGAAGAAGUUCCUCCGUAAUGAGAAUGAAGCCAACAUGCAAGUAAUGGAUGAAGCAGUUGAGGCUGAAACGGCUGAGAACGUGAAGAAGUUUCUCCUUAAUAAAACUGAAAACGUCAUGGAGAACAUGCUGGAUGAUCUGGAUAGAUCUGGAGAGCAGCUUCUGGCAGGAGAGAAGGUUCCAGAAGUUAUGGAUAAAGACGUUGAGAUGGAAACGGCUGAAGACGUGAAGAAGUUCCUCCUUAAUGAGAAUGAAGCCAACAUGCAAGUAAUGGAUGAAGCAGUUGAGGCUGAAACGGCUGAGAACGUGAAGAAGUUUCUCCUUAAUAAAACUGAAAACAUCAUGGAGAACAUGCUGGAUGAUCUGGAUGGAUCUGGAGAGCAGCUUCUGGCAGGAGAGAAGGUUCCUGAAGUUAUGGAUGAAGCAGUUGAGACUGCUGAGGACGUGAAGAAGUUUCUCCUCAAUAAGAGUGAAGCCAGCAUGGAUGAAGGGCUUGCAGAAAUGGUGGUGGAGGUGAAGAAUGUGGUGGAAGAUGAAAACGACAUUAGAGCUGAGGUCGAACAGAUACUGAACCUCGUCCUGGAUGAGAUCGAGCUGAAAGUAACAAAGCAGCAGAAUGAAGUGGACGAGAUGGAGAAGAUAAAUCAGCAGAUUCUGAUGAUUAAAAAUGAAGAGAAGGACAUUAAGAAAGAUGAGCUCCUGAAUGAUGGAGGGGAGGGAACCCUAACAAUGAAAAGGAGGAGAGGAACACGGGGGCACGGCCGGAAAAUCAAUUACAAGAAGAAAGAAAAAGAGGAAUCUGAAAAAGACCAACAUCAGGAAAAAGAACCCACAAUGAAGUUAGUGGAUAAAGAUGGGGGUGGAAAACCCAAAAACUGGAGGAGGAGAGGAACAAGAGGAAAAGGACAAAAAAUUAAUUACAAGAAGAAGGAAGAAGUGGAACAGAUUGUGGAGAAUAAAGAGCCUCAUGGAGGAGCUGCAGCUGAUGGUAAGGCAGAAGAACAGAGAAGAUCUGCUGAAGGUCAUGAAAGAGCAGGAGGACGAAGAGAAGCCGCCUAUUCAGAGGUGGUGAGAAAUGCCUAUGGAGGAAGAAGCUGGUAUGGACAAGAAUACAGAAUGAAAACAACCUACUGGUACCAAUAUGGCCAGCACCCCCCAGAACCUGUGUGGAGAAAUUAUAGGAUGGAUGAGAGGAACACCUGGAGAUAUGGAGGCCAUCAUUGGGAGAGGAGAAACAUGUGGACACCACCAGCAGCGAAUUAUUAUUAUAACCCAAAUUAUUAUUAUAAUCCAAAUGAUUAUUAUUACUGAAUAAAUGAAAAAAAAAC